GUCGGCAGGGGCGGGCUCGGUACGAGUCUCCGCCCAUUCCGGGCUGCGACUGGGCGGGAGGGCGGCGGCUCCCGGGCUGCGGCGUUGUAGCUUCUCAGGGUCAUGCUAUGUAGUUUAGGCUGGCCUUGAGCUCACUUUGUAGCCCAGGCUGUUCUUGGACUUGCAGUGACCCUCCUGCCCCAGCCUCCUGAGUGAUGGGAUUACAGGCUGGCCUUGAACUCACUGUGUAGCCCAGGCUGGCCUCAAACUCAUGACAAUCCUCCUGCCUCAGCCUCCUGAGUACUGGAAUUACAGGCUGGAUUCGGACCGAGUUUGGAACCUGACUUGUUUAGCCUGCAGCACUCUGUGUGCCUCCUCCCGCUGGCUUCAGCGGGUUUUCUUGACUUCCUGCCAACUUGCACUUGAUUCCCCACUGCGCUGGGAGCUGCUAUAUUAGAGCCAGCCUGCAGCUUCUGAGUUUGGUUGGCCUCUGUAAUGGCUACCAGCCAGUCGUCCUCUCUUGGGGGAAGAAUGAACCCAGGUUGGAGAAGCUAUCUGUAUUUAUACUGAGUGAGCAAAAGCUGAGACCAGAGCAAUGACCGAGUCCUACAUGAAGAGACUGUCCUUUGCCCUUCUUGAUGCAAUCACUGACAAGGACCCUGUGGUACAGGAGCAGGUUUGCAGUGCUCUGUGCUCCCUGGGGGAGUUGCGGCCGGCAGAGAUGCUCCGCACCUGUGAGGAAUACCUGAAGCAGCAUGACAAGCUGGCACAUCCAUACCGCGCCAUGGUCCUUAGGGCCAUGGAGACUGUCCUGAGUGGUCAUAUCCACAAGCUGGACAAGAACACGGCCAGUGCCAUCAUCCUUUUGGCUUCCAAUGAGAUGACCAGGACAAAGGAGCUGGGCUGUGACUGGCAGCAGGCUGCAAGCAGCGUCCUGGUGGCUGUGGGGAAACGGUUCACCAAUCAGGUGAUGGAGGAGGUACUCAGCAAGUUCCAGCCUGGGCUCCUGCCACACUGUUCUGUGCUACAAACUCUCUCCAGCCUCUCAGUGUCCAAUGUGUUUGGCAUGGUCCCCUUCCUGCCAUCUAUCCUGAACACCAUGCUGCCCAUGCUGAAUAUGGCCAAGCAGGAUGCAAUGAGGGUGAUGUUCUGCUGUGCUCUGCAGCACUUCAGUGAGAGCACCUUAGAGUACCUGGCCAACCUGGAUCAAGCCCCGGACCCCACAGUCAGGAGGGACACCUUUGCUGCUGACAUCUUCAGUGCCUACGACAUUCUUUUCCAUCAAUGGCUUCAAACCCGAGAUGCCAAGCUCCGGCUUGCUGUGAUAGCUGCCUUGGGGCCCAUGAGUCACCUGCUGCCCACGGAGAAGCUAGAAGAACAGCUUCCCAAGCUGCUUCCAGGAGUCCUCAGCCUCUAUAAGAAGCAUGCAGAAACCUUCCAAAUAUCCAAGAGCCUGGGCCAGAUCCUCGAAGCAGCUGUGAGCCUGGGCAGUCGCACCUUGGAAGUUCAGCUUGAUGCCCUUCUGGCUGUUCUACACUCUCAGGUGUGCAUGCCUGUGGACUCUUCAAGCCCCCUGGUGAUGAGCAGCCGGAAUGAGGUGCUGCGUUGCUUUACGGUGCUGGCUCACUGUUCACCUGACCGCCUGCUGGCCUUCCUGCUACCCAGGCUGGACACCAGUAAUGAGAGGCUCCGCGUGGGCACCCUGCAUAUCUUGAGGCAUGUCAUUAACUCGGCUGCUGCUCAAAUGGAAACAAAGAAGCCCUUUGUCCUCUCUUCUAUGAGGCUUCCUCUUCUGGACACCAACAACAAGGUAAAACGGGCAGUAGUGCAAGUGAUCAGUGCCAUGGCCCACCACGGGUACCUGGAGCAGCCUGGAGGCGAGUUGAUGGUCGAGUACAUUGUGCAGCAAUGUGCACUCCCUCCGGAACAGGAGCCAGAGAAACAGAACCUUGAGGGUGAGGCCCUGGCAGCAGAAGACAGUGUGCGAGCUGUCAGCAUCAGCACUCUCUACCUGGUCAGCACCACGGUGGACAGAAUGAGCGAUGUGCUCUGGCCCUACCUGCUGGAGUUCCUCACCCCUGUACGCUUCACUGCGGCCUUGACCCCACUCUGUAGGAGCCUCGUGCAUUUGGCUCUGAAGAGGCAGGAGGCAGAGGCAGAUACCUUGCUGGUCCAGUAUGACACCCACACAAACCUCCCAUCUUCCUAUGCUGUGAUCACAAGACUGCUGAGCUGUCCUGCUACAUUUGCACCAGGAGGUGCUGGUGUCAACGUGGACCACCUCUGCCUCUCUCAGGUUGUAUCUUCCAGCCCCUACCUGGGCAAUGGGCGAGGGGCAGCCUCGCUACGUCUCCUGAAGGUUCUGCAGCAGAACAUCCACCCCUUACUGGCCCAGCGAUGGGAAACAACCAUCCCCCUGUUGCUGGAGUAUUUAGAUGAGCAUACUGAAGAAACAUUUUCGCUGAAGGAAUGGGAGGAAAAGCUGCUGAUGUUCCUGCAGGAAACUCUGGCUGUCGUUUCUGACAAUACGUGGACUUGCCAGCUGAGCCUGGAGAUGUGCAAGCAGCUGCCAUGUUACAAUGGGACACCCCAGGAAAAGAACUUCCUAUAUAAAUGCAUAGGAACUACCCUGCUUGCUGCUACAAGUAAGGAAGUGGUGAGGAAGCAUCUGCAGGAGCUUCUAGAAACAGCCAGAUACCAUGAGGAACUGGAACAUGAGGGCCUCGCCUGUUGCUUUGGGAUCUGUGCUGUCUUCCACCUUGAAGACACUCUGGCCCAGCUGGAGGACUUUGUGAAGUCUGAUGUGCUCAGGAAAUCCAGUGGCAUCUUUAGCAUUUUUAAGGAUCGAAGUGAGCAUGAGGUAGAGAAGGUGAAGAGCGCACUGAUCCUGUGCUAUGGGCACAUAGCAGCACGGGCCCCCCGAGAGCUGGUGCUGGCCAAGGUGGAAUCCAACAUCCUCCCCAACAUGUUCCAAUGCUUCAACAACAAGGUUCUGGGAAUAAAAGUAGAAACCAAGGUGUUUCUCCAGGACCCAGCCCUGAAACUGAGCCUCGUCCAGAGCUUGUGCAUGCUUAGCCAGACUGCCCGCAGCGGCACUCAGCCUGGCUCCUUCCACUUCUCAAGGAAAGCAGAACUGGUGGCACAGAUGAUGGAGUUCAUCAGAGCAGAGCCUGCAGACUCCCUGACCACAUCCCUUCGGAAGAAAGCCAUGCUCACCUGCACUCACCUGGUCUCUUUGGAGCCGCCACUAGAAGAGCAGGCACAGGCUGACAUGAUCCAUGGCUGCCUACACAGUGUCAUGGCCCUGCCUCCUGAGCCUCAGGGAGAGGAUGGUGGCUGCCAGGAGCCCCUGUAUCUGGAAACAAUACGUGCCCUUGAAGACUUGCUGACAAGCCUGUUGCAGUGGAACAUGACCCCCCAGGGCCUGCAGGUCAUAAUUGAGCACCUGAGGCCAUGGAUCAAGUCCCCACGGGGCCAUGAGCGGGCACGGGCAUUGGGCCUGAGUGCCCGCCUGCUGCACUACUUCCUGGAGCACCUGCAAGUCAGCGCUCUGGUGCCCUUCCACAACCUGGGCCUCCUCGUCGGCCUCUUCUCCCCGCGCUGUGCGGACCUGUGGCCUGCCACCCGCCAGGAGUCUGUGAACUGCAUCCACUCCUUGCUUUACCUACAGCUGGGCUAUGAAGGCUUCUCCCGAGAACACCGUGAUGAAGUCGCCGAGCGACUCCUCACCCUCAGAGACAGUUUCAUGCACGCUGACCCUGCUGUCCUCUUCCAUGCCUGCCAUAGCAUAGCCCAGAUUAUUGCCAAGCGCCUCCCACCAGACCAGCUCAUCAGCCUCUUGCUAACUAUGUUUGAGGGUCUGGGAGACCCUGACAAGAACUGCUCUCGAGCAGCUACUGUCAUGAUCAACUGCCUACUGAAGGAGCGGGGCACCGUGCUAAAGGAGAAGGUGCCUGAGAUCGUGAGUGUGUUACGUUCCAAACUGCAGGAAGUCCAUGAAGAGCACAUCCUGCCUGCUGCCCAGCACAGCGUCUACCUCCUGGCAUCCCAGCAUUGCACCACUGUGGUGUCCAGCCUCCUGGGCAGCCCCCUGCCCUUUGACAGCCACACCUGUGCCCUGUGGCGUGCGCUAGCCAUGGAGCCAAGCCUCACUGCCCAGGUCCUGGGGCUACUCUUGGAGAAGGUGAGCAGGGACGUGCCAUUCAAGGAGAGCCGGGCCUUCCUUCUGGGCAGCACUCCCGACCGAGUAGCCACACUUCUACCCCUGGCGGCCACCUGUGCACUGUACGAGGUUGUGUCUGCCCCAGCAUCAGGGACCGCAGUGCUAGAGCUCUACCCGCAGCUGUUUGUGGCUCUCCUGCUGCGUGUGAGCUGUACCAUAGGUGUCCAGCUGCCCCGGAACCUGCAAGCCAAGAAGAGGGGCACCAGCACAACCCUCCAUACCAGAAGUCUUGAGCCCUGCAGCUCUGCGGUGGAUGCCCUGCAGGCCCUACUGCUCCGAGGUGGCAGUCAGGACGUGGUACAGUUCAUGGAACUGGAGGGAGGCUGGGAAUUGCUCAGGACCUCCACAGGGCAUGAGGAGGGGGUUACCCAACUGGCCAGUGCCAUGGCCAAGUGUGCAGGCCCUCGGCUCCCCCUGGUGACAAAGGCACUUCUGUGUACACAGAGCAGUGUAUACGAGAUCCAGAGGGUCACUUCCACAGCCUUCCUGGCUGAGCUUCUCAGCAGCAAUGUGGUCAAUGACCUGAUGCUUCUGGAGUCCUUGCUGGAUGACCUAUUGGCAAGGCAGAAGGAUUCCAGUGCCAGUGUGAGGCGGCUGGUGCUCCGUGGGCUGGCUAACAUUGCCUCCAGUUCACCUGACAAGGUAAGGACUCACGGCCCCCAGCUCCUAACAGCCAUGAUCAACGGGCUGGACGACAACGAUGACACACACAGACUGGUGGCCCUAGAGGCCAUGGUGGGCCUCACGCGGCUGUUGGACCUGAUGGAGCCCUGGGACCUGCGCUCAGUACUGCUGCACAUGGCUAUCCGCAUCCGGCCCUUCUUUGACAGUGAGAAGGUGGACUUCCGGACAGCAUCCAUUCGCCUCUUUGGGCACCUCAACAAGGCCUGCCAUGGGGACUGUGAGGACAUCUUCUUGGAGCAGGUUGUGGGUGGGCUAGUGCCCCUCCUGCUACAUCUGCAGGACCCUCAGGCCCCAGUGGCCAGUGCCUGUAGGUUUGCCCUGUGCAUGUGUGUUCCCAAUCUGGAGUGUGCCGAGUUGGGUACUGCCUUCCAAAAGCACCUGCAAGAGGGCCGAAGCCUGCACUUUGGGGAGUUCCUCAAUUCCACCUGCAAGCACCUGAUGCAUCACUUUCCUGACCUCCUGGGCCGCCUGGUGAGCACCAACCUAUUCUACUUCAAGAGCAGCUGGGAAGGUGUCCGUGCUGCAGCCCCCAUGUUCACAGGGUUCCUGGUGCUGCACGCAGAGCCCGAGCACCGGCCACAGGUAGACUUGGAGCAGCUUCUUGUGGCACUGCAGCUCCUGCUGCGGGACCCAGCGCCAAGGGUGCGAGAGAAGGCUGCGGAGACACUGGGCCGCCUGGUGAAGUUCGCGUGAGGCCAGCAAGGGCCUCUGCAAGCAAUACCCUCUGCCUGCACGAGGCCAGACCUGAAGGGCCCUCUGCUGGCAGGCCAGGGUAGGGGCAGGUGUCUCUUGGGAUCCAACCCCUACCUCUGAAAAGGAAGGUGCUGGACACCAGAUGGGGCAGGGACAAGUCAGCCUGUCUUAUUUCCCAAUAAAGCCAUUUGCUCCCAA